AUGACCGCCGUGGUUCCAAUCACCACCUCUGCUGUUACCAGAACCUCCACUGUAUUUUCCGCUUCCAAGACCCCAAGCUCUCCUGUGCCUGUUUCAACCAACGCGGAGAUUACCAUUAACACCAGCAAAAACCCGUUGAUCUCAAUUUCCGUCAUCUCCUCUUCAGUGACGCAAACUAUCGACACCUCCAGCUUGACCAAUGCCAAGACAAUUGAGCUGCAGACCUCCACCUUCAACGUGGUUGUUAUAUCGCAAAACAUCACCACCACCUCUACUGGUUACAGUAACAAUACGAUUUCCCCUACUCAUAGCAGUAAGAGCUCUUCCUCCUCUUCUUCUUCUUCUUCUUCUUCUUCUUCUUCUUCUUUGUCUUUGGCUUCUUCUUCGUCCUCGGCUUUGUCUUCGUCAAGUGCAACCACUGUUGUGGCCACCACCGCCAUUGUGACCACUGUUACUUGUGGUAUUCCGGCUGCAGGCACUGGCUACUCCGGUAACUUGUUCAACAUCAUUUCCGCCGACAUUCCAGACUCUGUUUUCCCACAUGAAGCGAACAACUUGCCGCUCCUCGAUGGAGUUCUCAACGCCGAUGGUAUAUACGAAACCAACAAGUUCUACACCAACUUAAUGAUUGGCGAUCAAUCCGACCCGGUCUGGACCUACCCUUACAGUGGUUGGUACUACACCACUUCCUACUACGGUUUCGCUAUCCAGCACACCACUGCUGAUCAGUACGUCUAUGGUCCUACUGACAGCGACGGUGCCGCUUCCUACUACUUCAAUCCGUUGGGUGUUGCCUCAGUCAUCUUUUCCGCUACUGGUUUCACCAGCAGCAUUGAUAUGUCCGUCACCGAAAUGAAGGCUAUGAGCGCUCUUGUCACCUUGUCCCAGUCUUCCUCCGGGUCGGUCGCGAUUCCAUUGGUCCAGGGCAUGGGUUUCAACACGGCAGUGUAUUCUGGAGAUUUGACCGUCUUGUUAAACUCUGGUGUCGGUUUUCUGACCUUGGUCCAAGAAACCUCUACGGCCUUGGCGGACGGGGUUUUAAAGUACCGUGCUACCUUAUUCAACGGUAUCUCGUGGUUGGUCUACGUCACCUUGCCUUCGGGUCAGUCCACCUCGUCGUUCAAGCUUACCGUCACUGACAAUAACUCCGUUACCGGUUCUGCUUCUAUCGACGGCUUGAUCGUUCAAGUUGCUGUCGCUCCAACCGACUCCACCGGCGAUGCUUACUACGACCAGGCAGCUGGUAUGUAUGUGACCGAUGCCGUGGUUGGGGGCUCUGUCUCUGGUGGCUCUGCAGCUUCUUAUCAGAUCACCUACUCCACCGUCGGUGCCUCCGCCUGUGGUAACCCAAUUGUCUUUGCCUUGCCCCACCACGUUGAUUCGUUGUCUGCGGCUACUGCCCAAAAGGCUACCGGUGUUUCUAUGCAAUCCACCACCAAGGGUACCAUGUACGCUUACCUCACAAGCGUUUUGACUAUGGAAGAAACGUUGAACAACGACAUUCAAUUUUUGCCGUGGACCUCCAACAUGGGCUCCAAGUUGUCCUACACUGCUGAACAGUUACAAUUAUUGGCUGCUACCGCCAAUGACGAGUUGGCAGUCAAUAUCGCUGACACUAUGAGUGGUAUUGACUCCAUGUACACUGGUGGAAAGAUCAUCGACAAGUACGCCUACAUCUUGCUUGUGGUGAGUGAAAUCAUCGAGGAUGACGAUGCCACCAAAGCUGCCUUGAAACAGUUGAAGGCUGCCUUUGCGAUCUUUGUCGCCAACGAACAGGCGGUUCCAUUGAUGUACGAUACCACCUACGGUGGUGUGACUACCACAGCUUCUCAAGGCGGUGAUACUUCUGCUGACUACGGUGCUGGCUACUACAACGAUCACCAUUUCCACUAUGGCUACUGGAUUCACGCGGCCUCUAUCAUUGGUUACGUCGAUGCCAAGUACUGCGGUACCUGGGCUCAGGACAACAAGGAGUGGGUGAACUCCUUGAUCAGAGACGUGGCCAACCCCUCCUCUGAAGAUGCCUACUUCCCUGUUUUCAGAUCCUUCGAUUGGUUCGCUGGCCACUCCUGGGCCGCCGGUUUGUUUUCCUUUUCCGAUGGUAAGAAUGAAGAGUCCACCUCUGAAGACUACAAUUUUGCUUACGGUAUGAAGAUGUGGGGCAGAGUUGUUGGUGACCAGUCCAUGGAGGCCAGGGGGAGCUUGAUGCUCUCUAUCAUGUCCAGAUCCAUGAACUCCUACUUCCUCUACGCUGAUGACAACAAGAUCCAGCCAUCUGAAUUUAUUGCUAACAAGGUCUCUGGCAUUUUGUUUGAGAACAAGGUCGACCACACCACUUGGUUUGGUACUAAUGAUGAAUACAUUCAUGGUAUCCAUAUGUUGCCAAUCACUCCUGUCUCUUCGUUAAUCAGAGGUCCAACUUUUGUGAGUCAGGAAUGGAGCCAGAAGCUCUCCUCUUUUGUUGGUAGCCUUGAGAGUGGUUGGGCCGGUAUCUUGAGAUUAAAUCAAGCUCUCUUCGAUGCUUCAGAUUCUUAUAGCUACUUCUCUGCCGCAAACUUCAACAAAAACACCUACCUUGAUAACGGUCAAAGUUUGACAUGGUGUUUGGCCUUUGCCGGUGGUAUUGCCAACUCAACUUAA